CAGGUAAGUAUAUCCGGCGAUUUCAAUCCAAAUCAUCAGCAUUGAAAACUUCCUGGUUAGCACAAAAGCUUCCUUAAAAAUGGACCCAAACGACUGUACAAACUGUGCUCAGUUGAAGCAAAUAAAGGCUCUAUCCAGGCAAGUUCUGAAAAAGUAUGACGAGCUGCUGCAUAAGUAUAAAGAAAAUGAGGAUCAAUAUAAUGAGAUUGUCAAAAGACUCAAAGAACGAGAAGGUAUGUUGGAAGAUAUGAAGAAAUUGAUUGAACCGGCUAUGUCCGAGCACGAAAGACUUAUGAUGAAGUACGAUAUUGAAAUUAGCUGUAGAAACGAGGCUGAAAAUGUUGCUAGAAAAAUGACAUUUCAAAACAACGCACUGAAACGUCAAUCACAGGCCUUACUUGAUCACAUAGGGAAAAUUGAUAUCACUCAAAUUCCAGCAGAAAUUUUAGAGGAACCAGAGGUAGAAAAUGAUUCUUACAAAGAAUAUACUGACACGCUUAACACUACAAUUCAAGAUCUAGAGGAAAAGGUAUCGUACUAUGCCACAGCACUUGCUGGAAGCAGAGAAGAAUUGAGUACAGAACGCGAGGAUAACAUCAGGUUGAAAAAGGUUAACUUUAACUUGAACAAAAAUCUAAGCCAGACUAAAGAUACCUUGCUUCAAUAUCAAAAUGCAAUGUUAGAACUGACAUCUAUGUCAGAAUCUGCUUAUGAGGAGUAUGAAGAAUUAAAGAACAAAUGUGAAAUCGAAGCGAAUAAGAGGAGUGAAACAGAGAAGGUCAUGCUUAAGAUUAAAACACAGAAUGAAGCAAUGAAAACCCAAAGUACCAUCUUGCUUUCCAAUGUAGCUAAUGACCAACAAUUGACCAAAGCUUUGUGUGAAGUAGAAGAGCUCAAGACGGACAAAUCAAAUUUGGAACAACAAGUGAAUAACCUUCAGAAAGAAUUGGAGAGUUCAUCUGAUGUCAAAUCGAUAGAAGAAUUGGAAACCGAGAAAUCUAAUCUCUCAAUUCAAGUCGAUGAUUUGACUAAAAAGGUAACAAAUUAUGAAAACCUGUACUCAAAUCUUGAAAAACAAUAUAAAGAACUUGAAGAAAAACUAGAACAGGCCCUGAGGCCACCUCCACCUCCACCGCCUCCUCUUCCUCCUCCGCCACCGACGACACAAUCAAAAGGAUUUUUGUCGAAAAUGGCUAGUAAAAAGAAGAGAGCAAACAUGCCUAACCAAGCAAAUGCAGCUGAUUUUGAUCAACAGAGCUAUGGACAAGCCAUGGACGAAAUGAUGAAAAGAAUAAAUUCAGGGAAUGCCCUGUCAAAAUCAUCCCGAGCUACGAGACCGAAGCCGUCAAAAACUGAACCGUCCGGAGCUAUGAAAGAGUUACACAGCGUACUAAAUCGUUACAAGAAACCUCACGAUGAAAGUGAUGGUGCUCCUGAAGAGUCGAAAAGCUCAAUAGAUCCAAAUUCAGAACUAUCUAAAGUCUUCAAAAGAGUAAAGAAAGCAAGUACAGACGACGUGUUUACUAAAUAACAUUCAUUAGUUCAACUUUGUACAGCCUGUUUGACCAUGUAUCAAGCUUUAACACGCUUUUAUGUCAGAUUUUAUAUUGUUAUUGAAAUACCAACCUUUAACUCAUUGCAUUUAUUUGGUAUUAAAACUCCUCAUAUUUAAAUU